GGGCAGAAGGCAGGCGCUGGCUACCUGCUCUGCAGGGCGCAGCUGCAAUUGGCGAGCGGCUGCGCGGCCAGCGGACACCUCCCAGGCACCAGGGCGCAGGUUUCCAAGAACACUAAUGGCAAACUUCAAGGGUCAUGCUCUCCCGGGGAGUUUCUUCUUGAUCAUUGGAUUGUGGUGGUCAGUGAAGUUCCCACUGAAGUACUUUCACCAAAAGGGCAAGAAGAGCAGGCUGAGCCAGCACCAGCAGCGGGUUGAAAUCAUUGAAGCUGCAGUCAGGAUCUUCUGUUGUGUUGUUGGGAUGCUGGCAGAGCAGCUUGUUAAGGAUGGGCCCUUCUUCCAUCUCUACCACGAUGACCACUGGGUGAAGUUGAUGAACUGGCAGCACGCCACAAUGUACCUCUUCUUUGGAAUCUCAGGAAUCAUUGACAUACUCACCUACCUUUUCACCCACAUCAUGCCCUUGGGUGUGGACAGACUGGUGAUGUGUAUGUCAGUACUCAAUGAAGGCUUUCUCUUCUACUACCACAUUCACAAUCGACCCCUGCUGGACCAGCACAUCCACUCACUCCUGGUGUUUGUUACAUUUGGAGGAAGUAUCACUAUCUUCCUUGAGGUGCUUCAUCGGGACAAUGUUGUGCUGGAACUUCUAAGAGCCACUCUUACUAUUCUUCAGGGAUCCUGGUUCUGGCAGAUUGGGUUUGUGCUGUUCCCACCUUUUGGAACAGUAGAGUGGGACCAGAAAGAUGAGCACAACAUCAUGUUCAUCACUAUGUGCUUCAGCUGGCACUGCAUCAUCGCCCUGUGCAUUGUGGCCAUCAACUACACGCUUGUUUACUGCUUUCUGACUAGGUCAAAGAAACAAGGACAAGGAGAGAUCAUUGGGAUUCAGAAUCUAAAGUCUGAUUACACUGACCAGACUGCCCUUUUGAGUGGCUUAGAUGAGGAAUGAGACCAAGCUGUGGGGACAUGAAGAUCUCUCACCCUGCUGACCCAAGGCAGCCGUGGUCAGUGUUCUCCAUCUCCUGCGCUUUGAAGAUGGCCUUGAUGUGCUCCCAGAACUCCAUCUCUGUACACAUUCUCUUUUAACACAAAGUUGGAGGCUCUAAUACAGGAAAGUGGGCUGUAGAUAUUUUGUGUAUCUGGGUUUUAAAACAUAAUUAAAUUUAAAGUCUGUGUGAAUUGUCA